GUUAUAUUAUUAACAAAACGAAAACACUAAUAAACAAACAGGGAAUCAGGUGCGUUGCAGGUACCGUGAAUGGGUUGUGUUUUUGGUUUUUAGUCGUACGUCAAACAGUUUUUGGUUUUGGCCGCAGCCUUACAUGAUCUUCUCUUCAACAUCUUGUGAGAAAUGACUAGCCGUCUUGAGCAGCAGUUGGCAGACCUGAAGCUGGGAGUGCAGACUUCCCCGGGAAAGAAACCUGGGCCUGCUGUCCCACCCAAACCUAAGAAACAACCACUGGUACCCAAGAGCUACCCACUCAAUGGUCCCAGUGAACCCUCUUUCACCUCACCACUGAGUGGUGGAGUAACUGCCACUAGCACUACACCAGAGCGACGACCUGCUCCUCCUAUAUACUCAAACAUAGACCAUGGAUCAGGGUCAAUAGCAAGCAAUGGGAGUUCGGCCAGUUCCACAGCUACCUACAACAACAUUGAACCGUACAAACCCAGGUACCAGAAGGCUGAGCCACAGAACAGCGCUGUCUAUGCCAACACCAACAACCCCACCUACAGCAACAUGUCCACAUACGCCAACUUAGUCGAUGACUUACCACCACCUCCGCCCAAGCCGUCAGAGUUCAGUGACUUCCCCCCUCCACCCUCAGACUUGCCUCCUCCCCCGUCACCAGUCAGUAGUAGCUACUCUGAGCUACGUAGAGCUACUCACCACUACCCGCCAGACUACAGUACUUACACACCUUCCUCUCAGGGGUCGACCACGUAUGAGAGUAUCUACGAGCCAAUCAACCCGCGGCCACCCAGUGGCAUGUCAUCUAGGUCUAACUACUCAUUGUACACCCCAUAUGUCAAGGGAUGUCCUCCACCAGGCGCACACGGAUCUCAGGAAGGUGUGGUGGAUGCCCUUACAGAUCUCCUUGUACAAUCCAUGGACUCCAACUCACCCGACUCUGAGAUAUAUGGAGACUGUUGUAAGUGUGGUCAGAGAGUGGUGGGGGAAGAGUCUGGAUGCACAGCCAUGGACAAAGUCUACCACAUCAACUGCUUCACUUGCUCUCAUUGCGGAGAUCUGCUGCAGGGGAAACCUUUCUACACUCUGGACGGACAGCCUUUCUGUGAACACGGCUACCUGGACACCCUGGAGAAGUGCUCGGUGUGCAUGAGUCCUAUCUUGGACCGUAUCCUGAGAGCCACUGGUCGACCGUACCAUCCUCGGUGUUUCUGCUGUAUCGUCUGCGGCAAGUCUCUAGACGGCAUACCUUUUACUGUCGAUGCUACCAACCAAAUACAUUGUAUCGAGGACUUCCACAAAAAGUUUGCCCCGAGGUGCUGUGUGUGUAGUCUGCCCAUCAUGCCUGAGCCAGGUCAGGACGAGACUGUGCGUGUGGUCGCUCUGGACCGCAGUUUCCACAUAGCUUGCUACAAAUGUGAAGAUUGUGGUUUGGUGUUAUCUACAGAAGCGGAAGGGAGGGGAUGUUACCCUCUAGAUGACCAUGUUCUGUGCAAGAGUUGCAAUGCCAAGAGAGUACAAGCACUUACCUCACAUAUGACCACCGAGCUGUAACUGCCAUUACACUGUAUCACCACAGCUUACACCGAGAGACUCAGAACAUUGUGUCCAAACUUUACGUAACAACCUCUCCUAUCUCACUAUGUAGGCGUAUUGAGGGGAAUCGAUCCAUCUCCUCUAACUCUGAAACAACAGCCGACAGCUGAUAUAUAGAUAAGGCUUAAAAACAAGGUAGGGGAACUCGGGAAACUUUCCCCUUAAACCGACUAAAUUUUGUGAAUGGGCUAAAUAAUGGACAGUGGUCUUGAUUAUACUAACUAAACUUGCUACAGAAAAUUUAAAAUAACCAUUGUAAAAAUGUUACUAAAUCUAAUGAGAGAGCUUAACUUAAACACCUGUUACAGUCAUUAUUAAAUUCAACUCAUAGAGUUUUUAAAAAUUUUUACUUGUUGAGAGUUUGAAAAACUGAAGUAACAAUGUUCUAAGUUACUCUCGAUACAGGUACUAUCAGUAUGCUUAAAAUAUACUUUUAUUGUACGGUGCCAUUUUUAAUUUCAAAGUGCUUUCAGAAAUCGAAUAAGUGUCAAGAUGGUAUUUAAUUGGUUAUGUCUACAAGUUUAGCUGAAGACAGGUUAAUUUUGUGUUACUAGUUGAGCAUACAGUUUAUAUACAAAUCUAUGUCAUUGAAAUCUGUGUUACCGUUUAGUCAGGUAUUUCUAUUUGUUUAUAAUUUGAAUGAUUAUGCUCACUAUUAUUAGAGAUAUUUAUGCGGAUUAUUAAUGUUUAAUGGGAUAAGGCAUUAGAAGUAGUAUUAUUAAAGUAUUGAACAAAUUCCUACAUGGGGGCUUUUUGAAUCAUGCUCUUUAAAUUAUCUAGCCAUAUUGUUUAUUUAAUUGUAAUUUUUUUAUAAAGCGUUUGGUUAUGUAAUUAUUACAAGUAGUAAAUGUGUACUCAUUGUGAAUUUAUACAGUUUUAUUACUAUUAUAUUUUAUU